AUGUCCACUAGUCUACUGCCACCACCACCACCACCUUCUUUUCGUCGACUUUCGUGUUGUUGGAUGAACCAAAAGAGUUCAGUCUAACGAAUUACUUUGGAGAGGCAAGAGCUCCUCGGGAAAACACGCUCUUUUCCAUCUCUCGAGAUACACCUCGCUUGCGUCGGGUGUCAACAAUUUCUGGUUUUUAGUUUGCGGCGAGGAUUUUUUAACUGUAAGACUGAUGAAAAAGGGGAAUUUUGAUUUUAUUAAGAAGAGAAAGUAGAGUGAAAGUUUGAGAAAAAUUGGAAGAGUUUGACGCCGAAAAUUGUUUUUUUUAAUGUUUUAAAAAGUUAAAAUAAAUAUGCGAGAUUUUAUUUACGAGAGAAGUAAAUGUGUCUUUUUGGUCGUAUAUUAAGAUAAAUUUGGUGUUUAAUAAAAACGGAUUUUAAGACAAAAGUGUGAAAAAGUUAAGUGGAAAAGUGUCAAUUAUUUAAUUAAGAAUGACAACUUUAAGGUUAAUUUGGAAUGAUAUGGACCCAAAACAACUGACAAAAAGUGAAGUUUGUUAACUGUGACGUUUUAUUAAACGAUUAUUAACAAGGGAAAUUAUUGGAUUUUUUAUUGGACAAUUUUUCUGUUCAGGAAAAAAGAACUUUCUCCCCGAAAAAGAUGACGCCACGCUAACUAUUUGGCCCACCUUUUAGUUAAAAAAGGUUGAUGGAAGAUGAUGAACUACAACAACCAGUUUGAUUUCGAUUAUACUAAUCAUAAUCACAGAAAAUCAUCGUGGGAAGAGGUCGAUAAAAAAUAAAAAUCACAGCCUGCGUCGCGCCCCCACUAGCGCCCCGCGGAAGAGCGAGGAUGCAACAGGGGACUGCUGUCAACGGGAUGAAUCCUAUGAAUAAAAUGACAUCACAAAGCACUACCUGUUUCCCUGAUUGGAACUCCGGAAAUGGCGGAAUGGGUGUGUCCAACCCGCAACUCUCCGUCGUGACGACGGUUUGGGGGAUGAGUUCCUCGGUACAAAGUGGGCCUACGUACGGCGGCGGAGGGGGAGGAGGUGGUGGAAACCCGGGCAUGGGCGGGAUGGGGGGUCAAGGGGGUGGCUACAUGAAGAGUGGACCCUACGGAAAUAACCCCAACAUGCAGGCCGGCGGUGGUGGUGGCGUUGGAGUCGGUGGUGGAGGAUAUCCUCAAAGAUUUGGACCCAACGGCGGCGGUGGCACGAUUGGUGACCAUCAUCCCCACUCGAAUCCCCACCAACAUCCCCACCAUCCCCAUCACGGUAAUUAUGCGACGAAUCCAUUAAGUCAAGCAGCCAUGGUCGCCGCCACUGCCACGGCUACCGCUACCGUGACCGCGGUGGCGUUGCAGCAAGACCGUCAACAAGAAAUGAGCCAGUAUGGACAUCCCCAGGUUAGAAACAUGAAUCAAAUGUCGAGUCAGUACGGGAUGCAGGGAGGAGGCCCACACCAAAGUCAUCCACAGUACAACCCCGGACAGCAGCAGCAGCAGCAGAGGAUGGGGAUGAUGAAUAAUGGGAUGAAUAAUAUGGGCAUGAUGAGUAAUAGUAUGGGUCCCACGAACAAAAUGGGGGUGCAGCAGACUGGACAAUACGCCCGAGGAAAUGCGAGAACAGCACCGUAUCCCAAUCCUGCCUCCCACAUGAGUCACAAACGGUCUCAGCAUCAGCAGCAGCAACCACUCCCACCCAGCCAACAACCUCCCACGUAUCCGGGUCCGCCUCCUUCCGGGGGAAUGGGGGGUCAAUCCAUGGGGCCGGCGAGCUACAAUGGCGGCACGUGUACUCCGAGUUGUCCUUGUUAUAAAUCUCCACAGUAUGGCAACCACCCCGGGAACUACGGGAACGGGCCUCCUUCCGGCAUGGUGGGUGGACCACGUGGCGGGUACUCCCCCUACAACCCACACCAUCCACACCCCUCCUCCUCAUCCCAGCAACAAGUCCCCAAUCCUAACCACCCCAACGCCAUGGGAAUGCAUUCGAUGGGCGGUUACGGUGGGAGUGGAGCCUCCAUGAAUGGGAUGCGACCGGGUAUGCGGCAUCCUGGUGGUGGGGGCAUAAUCGGCGGUCCUGGUGGUUCCUCCUCUUCUUCCCAGUAUGCAAAUAAUGGGCAGCAGUAUUACGGCCAAGGACCUCCCAACAUGUCGAUGUCGAAUCAGCCACCACAUCCUUCAAUGAUGAACCAAGUGCCACUCAACAAUUCCUUCAAUACCCCACCCGCCACGCCGCAUCAACAAUCUCAGUCAACAAUGGGUGGCAGUGGUGGUGGACCUCCCCCUGGUUACCAUCAUAGCAAUCCACACCACCCACAAUCUCACCCUCAACAACAAUCUCAUCCACACCCACCUCCUCCCACGUCGUCGUCGUCGUCGUCGUCAUCCGCUUCUUCAAAUCAACACCACCAAUCGCAAUCCAAUUUCAUCUCAGACAAUUUGUCAUCCUCUUCGGGAAGUGGGAGUGGUGGUGGUGGGAAUGGAGCGAGAUCCAUGCAUUCGUACCAGCAUAGUCCAAUCCCUGGCAACCCGACGCCACCUCUAACCCCAGCCUCGUCAAUUCCUCCCUACAUGAGUCCAAAUGGGGACGUGAAGCCUGUGAUACCCAUCUCUAACCCUGUUGACGAAUUACGCCUAACUUUCCCCGUGCGAGAUGGAACGAUCUUGCCCCCGUUUAGACUAGAACAUAAUCUCGCCGUGAGCAAUCAUGUCUUCCACUUGAAACCCACCGUUCAUCAAACCCUCAUGUGGAGAUCGGACUUGGAACUUCAAUUAAAAUGCUUUCAUCACGAAGAUCGACAAAUGAAUACCAAUUGGCCCGCAAGUGUUCAAGUAUCCGUGAACGCGAUUCCCUUAACGAUAGAUCGCGGGGAGAACAAAGCCUCUCACAAACCGCUGUACCUCAAAGACAUCUCAUCCGCUGGGCGAAACACGUUACAAAUCACGGUGACCGCUUGUUGCUGCCCUAACUUUGUCUUGCAGUCCCACUUGUUCGUCCUCCAACUGGUGCAUAGGCCUUCCGUCAAGUCCGUGUUGCAAGGCCUCCUCCGCAAAAGGCUGCUCCCCGCGGAGCACUGCGUCUCCAAAAUCAAGCGGAACUUUAACAACUCGGCCUCCAUGAAUAUGGCGAACGGGACGGAUGGGGAUGGCGUGGAGCAAACGGCGAUAAAGGUGUCGCUAAAAUGUCCCAUAACGUACAAGAGGAUAACCCUCCCCGCACGAGGACAUGACUGCAGACACGUUCAAUGUUUUGAUCUCGAAUCUUACCUCCAACUUAAUUGCGAACGAGGAGCGUGGCGGUGUCCGGUGUGCAAUAAACCAGCGAAUCUGGAAGGAUUAGAAGUUGACCAGUACAUUUGGAGCAUUCUCAACGCCCUGACUUCCAACGACGUGGAAGAAGUUACCAUUGAUGCAGCAGCGAAUUGGAGACCGAGCAAACACGUGCCGGGUUUCAAGCUCGAAGACGACCUCACUGACCCCUGCGGAAUGAAGAAGAUAUCAAAAGCCAUGUCCCCCGGAAACAUGCCGUUGCCCUCGGCGGGUUCCUGGGAUUCUUCCGGCAUGGUGAUGAGCCCCUUCGCCCCCGACAUGAAUUCCAUCGCUUCAGGUUCCUAUAUGCACGGGUGUGGUCCCGCCACCCCCAGUUUGUCCUCCUCCUCCUCAAACAAUCUCACACGUUCCAGCUCUUUCGAUUUCGGUGGGUCGGACCUCCUCGGUGGACCGCUGAGUCAACUGGCCGACUCUGUCAACUCACUCGACCCUCUUAGUUCCAUGGAAAAGACGAUCAACGAACAAGUCGGGAUGCCUGCGCCGCCACUUCGUACAAAUAAUUGUGAAGGAAACAACAUGUCUCACGGGUCAUCGUCUUCGUCGUCCCUGAAUCAAAAUCCUCACACCCCCCAAACCGGACCCCACACUCCUCACACGCCGCACAGUUGUGGUCCUCCCAGUGUCGGACCACACCAUCACACCCCUCCCAACAAUAAUUCUAAUAAUCACCACAACAAUAGUUCAAACAGUGAAUGUGGUGGUGCUCUCCCGGAUACCACGACGUCCGACACGGGACUACCCUCGGAUCUCAAUUUCGAUCCGGAAGCUGUGAUAAAUGGGGAAGGUUCGGGGAAUGAGUCGCUAAAUUUACUACCCGAUUCCGGCGUGGAUCCGAUGGAGCUGCUCUCUUAUCUUGAGCCCCCGUACAUGGAACCCAGCGGACUGGCGACGCCUCCGAGCAGUGGAGAAAGUAAUAAUUCCAACGGCAACGUCAACUCAACCACGCCCCUCGGCAACUCUGCCUCUGAUGAUCUCUUGUCGUUAUUCGACUAAUUUUUUUCCUCCUCCUCGUCGUUCUUAUUAUUUUUAUUUUUUAACAAGAAAAUCUCAUGGAAGCAGAAAAUCUAAGAAUUACCAACAAAACGCCAGUUUUUUUUCUCGUAAUUAAAUUAAUGACUAUGCAUGAAAAAUGUACAAUUUUUUAAAGAGUGGGUAUCAUUUGUAGUGAUAAAAUUUAUAAAAGUUAUGAAUUUGCCCUAGUUUUUAUUUUCGACUUUUUAUCAUUAAGACAGAGUUAUUACCAAACCACAGAUUUAUUUACUACCUCUCUUUCUCUCUCCUUAAUAAAAAUAGGACCACAAAAAACCGAGUGAAAACUAAGGAAUAUCAAUGAUUUUUAUAAAAUAUCUCAAAACCCGCCUCUGUUUUUUAACACAAGAAUCAAACCUUAUUAUAAUAGAUUUUUUACCUAAUUUUUCCUACCUACCUAAGCAGAAAACCUAUUGAUCAAUGAGAAUUUUAACUACCUAAUAAGAAAACGAAUUCAUUUGAUACAUAUAAAUUUUUACCUAUUUAAACGAACUGUGUGUGUCCCAACAAAAAAUGGCCAGAGUUACAACGUCGUCGUCGAGAAUGUAAAAAUAUUUUGUAAGAUUACAUUGUAUAAAGGAUCAACAAUUUCUUGGCAUUUACUAAAAAACUAUGCAAAAUAUUUAGUGUACCGUUUACAUAGUAGUGGAGAGGAUUUGUAGUUGAAUUCUGAAAUUGUGACAAAAUUUCAAACAACACUAAUUGUAUUUACGAUGGGACUUUCAUUAUAAACAUAAACCCACUUUUUUUGCCUAGGUGUAUAAAAAGAAUACAUAAAAUUGUACACGAGAUCUCGGAUUAAUUGGUUGUAUAAGAAAAAAAUAGGGCGGCGAUUAGAGGUCGACGCCGACCAAUUUUCGGCGGCGGCGGGGGCGUGUAAAAUUCUACCGGCGGCGUCGACCUCGGCGACGAUCCCCACCGGUGAAAAAAGACCCGUGUCAAUUAAAAAAAUCAAAAUUGAGUCCUUAUCAUAAUUAAUUGGAAUAUUACAAAAAUUUGUAAAAAAAAGAAUGGUACAACCAACCACCAUCUCAUUACGUAUAAAAAUACAACCACAGCCAACCAACUAAAACCUCUCUCCCUCAUUUUUUAAUUAAAAACCAGUAAAAUAUGUAAAACCUAUAAAAAAUAAUUGUAAAGAAAGUAUUGCUUGAAAAUAGCUCGCCUGAUGCAGUUUGCCUAAAUAGAAAGUAAAAUUACGAAGUAUUGUGCAAGACUUUUUUGAGAGGAGAAAGUACUGUUUUUUUGUGAAAUGUCCUAAAUAAAUCGAGAGGAGUAAGAAAAGAAAGAAAGUAAAGAAACGGAACUGUAAAGUAUUAUUAAAAUUAUAAUUGUAUGAAAAAAAGCCAAUUAGUUAUCUCCGUGUGUGUCCAUAUGGUUGUUACUACGUACAUAUUACCACUACUGGCAGGCACUCUAUAGUACUAUUUAUAAUAAUACAUAGUAAUUAGUAGAUGAGUACUUAUCUAAGUAUGAAAAAAUGUAAAUUAAUUAUUCAAUCCACCGUUGAACCAUAUACACCGUGCUUAUUAUCAUUAUUAUUAAUUAUGUAUCUCUCUCGUAUUUAGUAGGUAAAUGUUUUAUUAAACGGAUCAAUGUAUGUAAAAAUAUUCAUUAUUUUAAUCAACUUAAUUAUUAAUUAUGAAAUAGGUAGAUUAAAAAAACCAUCGCUUCUCUUGAGUAGGUAGAUAGUGUGUAGCUCUGUAGAGGGUACAAUAAAUAGUGAUAGUGACAAUUUCGCAAUAUUAUUAUUAUAUUGUAAGAAUACUACAUAUUUACUUAUUAGCUGUGUGUGACUUAAGUUAUAUCCAAGGCAGAUAUUAAAUAUGAAAAAUGUCAUGCAAAUCAAAAAA